GGUGUUUUGACGUUAUUUUGAACUGUGAUAAGAAGUUUCGUGGAAACAUUGCUAACGACAUUAUAUAGACAUUAAAACACCAUAGCCAGGAAGUCCUUGCCACGCGUGUCCUACGUGACGGCCAUGGACCUGUUCGUCACCGUGUGUUUCCUGUUCGUCUUCGCCGCGCUGAUGGAGUACGCCGCCCUCAACUACUACUCCAGCUGCAGGAAGCCGGCCGCCAGGAGGGCCGCGCAGUUGUUACAUCCAGAUUCCUCAAGAUGGAUUCAUGAGCGAAUAGGCCUGCAAGCCCCUUCCAACUACUCUCUCCUCGAUAUGAGGCCACCCCCACCUGCGAUGAUCACUUUAAACAACUCCGUGUACUGGCAGGAGUUUGAAGAAACCUGUGUCUAUGAGUGUCUGGAUGGCAAGGACUGCCAGAGCUUCUUCUGCUGCUAUGAAGAAUGUAAAUCGGGGUCCUGGAGAAAGGGACGCAUUCACAUAGACAUCUUGGAGCUGGACUCGUACUCCCGGGUCUUUUUCCCUACGUCAUUCCUGCUCUUUAACCUGGUCUAUUGGGUCGGAUACCUGUAUCUCUGAGUGUUGCUUGUAGUGACUAGUGAAGAGCAUUUGGUUCACGCUCUUUACCUUACACCAUCCCCAGACCAGUAGUGACCCGUCGCGACUAGGAAGGAAAAACACUGCUCAGUUUAUCUUAAAUUAUAAAUUACCUUUCAGCAGUGCAGGAAGUAUCUGGCAAAUAUUUCUAUCAUGUAUUUCUCACGCGCGCGCACGCGCACACACACACACGUUGAUUCAAUUUUAAAGUGAUAUUCUUGCUAAUCCCUUACUGAAUCCAUAGCUUGGUGAUAUUUAUGAAUGGUUUUUGGAUAGUGGAAGCAGCUGCUGAUAACCCCUGCAAAGAUAUCUGUAUAACACGCAAGCAGAUAUCUGAGAAGUUGUCUCAGUCCCCUCCCCCGAUUCAGCUCUCCUUUACAGCCCCCACGUGCACGAGUCACUCCCGGCCAAGACACACUCGUGCUGGGUCACCCCGUGCCCACAGGACACCUGAGUUCAAGUAUAAACUGCAGCCAAUCUCCAUCCCAGUUUCCUCUCUCCGUGGCCAGCAUCCUUCACCUGAAAACUCACCAGGGCCUAGGAAGAGUGCCUCUUGCCCUCCACAGUUCCCAUUUGAGGAAAAAGUAUGAUUUCCAAAAUUCUCACAUUGCUGAUGUCAGAUGUUGAUUAGCUCUGAACAUUAGGAGGUUGUUACUUUAUUCUAAACUACUGAGAGGGUUCUUAGACUAGUUCAACUUGAAUUCAACAUUUCACCUUAAGAGCUCUAUUUUGCUAGCCCAAGGCUAAUCCUGGAGUAUGUGUCUAGCUUACGUUAUAUUAUUAUGGAUUUAGUAAUUGUCUUCAUCUUGCAAAGACAGGUAUAUAGCAUGCACAAGCUUUUGUCUUGAAAACAUAUUCCAGAGUGUGAAAGAAAUAUAGAGUUCUAAAAAUAUCUUAGUAAAUAUUAAUUUUCCAGUCAAACCAACUUUAAAUGCAAAAAAAUGAAUAAUAGUGAUCAUCAAUUGUAUAUUUUGAUGAACAAAAAAUAUUUUAUACUUUGAAAUAUGGAUACAUAGCAAAAUCCCAAAGAAAAAUUCCCCCCAAAUCACCACUCCUUUGAUAUUUUUAUAACACAAGCCAGUUUCCUUCUUGCUAUUAGUUAUUUGUUAUAACUGGAUGCCACUAUGUACUUCGUAAGACUCUCUUGAGGCUUCACACCAUCAAUAGGGAGAAAAAAAGUCCUACCAGUUAUUUAAUAAUGCUUUAGCAUUAUUAAAAUUUUGGUACCAGAAUCUCUGUGCUUUUCAUUUUUCCACACAUAAAACAAUUCAUUUUAUUGGAAAGCAUACAUUUUUAAAUUAUCUUCUGUGCAUACUGUUAUUACUCAGAAAAAAGUAAAACAUUAUGCAGAGAAAGUAUAUAAAAGUACUGAUUUCACACAUUUUAUUAGACGUAUACCAGACACAGAAGGGGAUGGGAGUAGAAGAGACCAGAAAAAUGAAAUUAGAUAUGUCUAAUUCUUAUUAACAUUGUUACAUAUCAAAUGAAUGCAAAGAUACACAUAUAUAAUCACUCAGUUUUCAAGGAGCAAGUAAGUCUGUAUGAUGUGAGACACUCAAACCCAUUUUUUUCUGUCCUAUCAACUCUCUGCCUUUGGUUUGAUAGGUGCUAUGUAAGCCACAAGCCAAUUGGCUUCUACUUAGCAAAUUCAAUUUAAAAAAUAAAAUAAUAUUUGUGGAGAAAUAGGUUGAAAAUAUCGGCUUAAAUGAAAUUUCUCCUCUAUUGGAGAAGUUCACUUACUAGUAUCCUAGUUCUGUCUCUCAUGCAGAAACAAUCCCUCCUACCCGAGGCAGAGAGACCCUGGAGGUACCUGACCAAAGGAACCCCAAACCCCGGCACUGAGCCAGGCAGGUGACCCAAGGGCUGUCUUCUUCAAACACAAUUUCCAACUUUAUGAAUUGAUCAUUUCUAGUAAUAUGAAAAUCUCAACCUGUUACAUUGUAAAAGAAGUUCUGGAGAGAACUGAAUUUUCUAGUAAAAUUCUUAAAAGGAAAUAAUUUAAAAGACAUUUUUAUAACAUAGAUUUGGUCCAAUUUUACCUUAAAAAGAAUUUUACCAAUGCCUCUUGUUUCAAAACCACUCAAUAUUUGAAUAGCUUUAGCAGCUCUCAUGAAACAUUACUUAUAGGAUAAGUGUACCAGUAACCUCUGUUUUCUGAAUCCACCCAUUCUCUUCUUCCCAAACUCAGCUGUCCUCCUGAUAAUAACACUGUAGUUCAUGGUUCCUUUCCUAUGAAGGAGAACCUUCAUCUCAAGAGAAUCUGAUGGAUGUUCACUAAUAGAGCAUAAAAUAGAUUCAAGCAUCUAUAGCAGUUGAGCCACUAGGCUUACUAAAAAACACUAAAACACUCCCAUAGAGCACCCCAAUGCCUGUUUCUCUGCAGGCUUGUGAAAUUCAAGUUCUUCAUAUCGAUCUUAACUCCUGAGAUGAGCCUUUCAGUCCACAAUACAGGAGAGACGUGUGCACCUCACUAAGGUGCAGCAGUCAGGGGCUUUUUAAAGCAUGUUUGUGUUUCCUUUGUGGAGGAAGGAAGAGGAGGGGCACGGGGCGAGGGCUGAGGGAAGUUCAUCCCUCUUUAAUUGAAAGACCUCCUUUUCCAGUGUGCUUGGUGAUGAGGCAUAUGUGGGGGCACAGCUCUGCCCAGCUUACUUUGUGUGGAGAAUUGGGAACUAUCUUUGGUGGAAGUUGUCUGAGUGAUCUGCAUUCCAAAGGUGCUACUGUGUUUCAAAAAUACACUAAAUCCAGGAGAUGAUGGUUCCAUAUUUUGAAAAGGAUUCCAAAUUUCUGACAACUAUGGAUUGGAUCAUACUUAAAACUGUGUCCGCUUUCUUUUAAGCUGCAUCCUGGGUGAGGGGAAAAGAGAAAAAAAGGCAUUUCACGUUAAUGGAAGUAGAGCAAAAUGCCUCUUCGGUGCCCAGAAAGUUUUAGCUUCUGCAAAGUCCCAACACCAACCAGAGCAGACUCCCCCAAUACUGAACAGAGAAGGACAAUGUUAAUAUACUUUACUCUGGACCCAGCCAAUACUGCCCCCAACAUACCCAAAAUAUGCCUUAAAACAAAACAAAAAGCUUAAAUAAUACACAUCUUGCAAGAUUAUCCAUCUCCUGCAAUCAGCUAUAUUUCAAGUUUUACUUAUUUUCAAUGAAUGGAUGGAAAUAGGAUUUUAUUUCUUUAUAUGCCUAACAGUCUUAUCCUUAGUUUUAUAUAAAAUCAGUUAAGUACAAAGUUUUUGUGUAUUCUUCAAUUGAGGAAAUGCUUAUCCUCUACAGCAAAGCAUUUUCAUGCUACAUAAGGAAAAUUAGGGCCAACCUGAAAGUCAGCAACAUAGUCCUUGUGAUGGGAUAUGAGUGUCCAUACAGAACCUGCAUGCCAGGCCACCUUGCCUUGGGAUGGCUUGCUGCAGUAAGAACAGGUUUUUAGGCAUUUUGUUUUGCUGCUCUGCAAAAUACCAGGCUCUGGAAGCAACAGGAGAGGGGACCUGUAACCGCAUUUUUCAUUGACUGAUGCUUGCCACCACUAGGAAACAAUGGGCCACUCUUUAUCUAAAGGGCUAGAACAUAAAACAAGCAAAACCUCUUCUCCUUAAUCAUUUUAAUCUUGGCUGCCAAAAUGGAAACUUUCUGUGAUAUCCUUUGAGACUUGAAGAAUUAUAACUGGUCUCCAACCAUUAAACUUAUCACUGUAUCAGUUCAAUGCUCUUAAGGCACAAAAAAUUUAGAAUUCACUUCGUGCUCUUGCAACUGUUUUUGAGUGCUUUUUAUGAGAGUUUAUAAACUGUAAUACAUAUGAAAUUUCAUCUUCAGUUUCUGUAAUGACUUGGGAUAAACCUAAUCUGAUGUAAAUAUAUAUUGAAAUGUUAAGCUCCAUUUGUACUAAAACACUGUCCAUCUUGGGCUUCAGAACACUAUCAUUUAAAAAAUAUUCAUGAGCCACAAAAAAA